AUGGCGCCGAGAUCGCCGACGCGUGCAGCCUGCGCGCCUGCCACCGCGCCCUGCCACACCACUGUACUGUACAUCGCGAAGUUAUACUGGUCGGGCCGUCGUUUCCCCGGAAACCGGGGCGCGCAUCCUCGCCAUCUAUAUAGCCCGCCACGCACAGCCAAGCGAGACACUCAAAGCUUCCAUCGCCGAUCUUCAGGGACCGAACGAAACGACAUGGUGGCCACGAUCGAGGACCUGCACGCGGACGUGCUGGCCUGCGCGCUGCGCCGCCUGGACGGGCGCUCGCUGGCCGCCGCGAGCUGCGCCACGGCGGGGCUCCGCGCGCUCGCCGCGGACCCGGACACGUGGCGCGCGCUCUGCCUCGCCGAGUGGCCGUCCCUCGCGGCCCAGCACUGGCUCCUCUCAGCGGUGCCGCCGCGCCGCCUCUUCGCCGACGCGUCCCCUUUCCCUUGCCCGGACGCCGGGGAGCCCGGCGCCGGCGGCCUCCCCGCGAGGCUCGUCUCCGCGGUGGACGUGUACUGCAGGGGCGCGCCCGUGCUGUCCCGCGUGGCGGAGACGCCCGCGUCGUCGCCGUGGUUCCUCAGCUCGCCGUUCCGCGUCGACGCCGUGGACUGCAAGAAGCCGGCGCCGGUGGCGGCGGCGUUCUCUCCGGCGGAGCUCGAGCUGAGCUGGGUGGUCGUCGACCCCGCCCGCGGCCGGGCGGUGAACGUGUCGAGUAGGCGGGCGGUGGCCCUGGGCCGGCACUGGUACACCGGCGAGACGCUGGUGCGGUUCGCGGUGGUGCUGGGCGGGUGCAACUUCGAGACCACCGUGGCCUGCUCCGAGGAGGCCGGGCACGUCAGCGAGGUCAGCCUCGCCGUGGAGAACGCCGACGGCGCGGCGGUGAGCGGCGAGGGCGCCCUCCGGCUUCUGGCCUCGGCAAUGGAGGGGCCGAGAAGGGGAGGCGAGAGAGAGCGGGAGGAGGCCAAGGCGAGGUACGAGGUGUUCGUCAAGAGCAAGAAGGGGAGGAAGGAGAGCAAGGCGCGAAGAGAGGUGCUCGUUGACCUGUGCUGCUCCGCCGCCAGCGCCGUCGCCGUGAUGGCCUUCUUUGCCACCGUCGUGCUCCGGUAACAAGUUCUUUUUGCCACCGACGGGCGGAUCCAGCAAUGAGUUCAUUCAUGCAUGAUGAUGUAGGUGCACAGUAAGCAUCAUGCGUGAAAUGAAUUGUUUCGUGUAAGAUUCCUAUAUGGCAUUUCUGCGCUCCAAAUAAGACGGCAUCAAGCAAGAACUAACGUAUCCCGCAAAAAAAAAAAACAAGAACUAACGUGUAUUUACAUCUUCUCCCUGGCAGCUAGAGUGUUACAUCCAUUCUAGUGACAAACUUUUCCUCCUAAUAAAUUUAGGUGAAAAUGACAGAGAA